AUGGCUUCACUAACGAUCAACGCGCCCGGCAGCGGGUUCCUCUAUUCCAACUCGCGAAACGCCCGUCUCAUCAUCACCGCCGAAACCCCCGACUUCGACACCGAGUUCGUCGAGGGAUGGUCGAAGGAGGGUUUCAACACUAUCUACGUUCCUUUCUCGCAGGAUGAGAAGGAGUAUGUUCGUCGCCUGAUGUCAGUCAAGGAGGGCCUCGGUGUAGGCGACAACUAUGGUGUUAUUGCAUUCGGCGACGCGGCCGCAUUCUGUCUCGACUACUAUCUCAAACCGAACAACGUCAGCCGCCUUUGCGCCCUCGUCUGCUACUACCCCUCCAGCAUCCCUGAUAUCCGAUCGAAGUACCCGCCGUCGGUGCAGAUGCUAACGCACCUGGCUGGCGACACCAUUGACGUCGUAACCACACCAACCCUUCUAGGAUUGCAAGGCAAGAAGAAGGUAUCGAGGAGGCAGAUAAACCCCGGCAUUGGAACGGGCGAGCUCCUCGACAUCGGCCACCGCGCGUACACCUACUCAGACGCCGAGCCCGGGUUCGCGGAAGUCGAUCUGGACGAGUACCACCGACUAGACGCAGACCUAGCCUUUUCACGAACGCUCGAUGUUCUGCGCAGGUCGUACGGACGAGAAGGCGAUCUGGUGAAGCCAUUAGAGGAGCAUCUGCAGGGCAAAUUCUUCUCCAUGAACCUCCACGACACAAUGGCGCACUACACCAAGAACCUCACGCCCACAACAACCUACGUCCCAACCCUAAGCGGCGGCACCGGCGCCCGCGCCCUCAAGCGCUUCUACGAUCAGUACUUCCUGCACAAGCUCCCCCCCUCAAUGCACCUGCGCCUCCUCUCCCGCACUGUCGGCGCCGACCGCGUCGUCGACGAGCUCUACGUCUCCUUCGAGCACACGCACGAAAUCCCCUGGAUGCUCCCCGGGAUCCCGGCCACCAACAAGAAAGUCGAGAUCGUGAUCGUCAGUAUCGUCAGCAUGCGCGCGAAGCAGCUCUACGCCGAGCACGUGUACUGGGACCAGGCUAGUGUGCUUGUGCAGGUGGGUCUGCUGGAUCCGAAGCUGGUCCCGAAGGAGAUGCAGGAGAAGGGCGUGGAUCGUCUUCCGGUUAUUGGACGCGAGGCGGCGAGGCGCAUCCUCGAUGAGGAUCCUGAGGUUGAGGAGCCGGAGUUCCAUAAUCGGCUGAUUCGGCGGGCGAGGCAGAGGAGGGGGAGUGCGGGUGGUAGGAGUGCAGGUGCGGAGAGCGAGGUGCCGCAGACUCCGGCUGUGCAGUCUGAGGCUGAGGGGGCGGGCCCGAAGAAGGGGAAAAAGGCGGGGCCGCAGAAUGGAGAGCAGAAUGGGGGGAAGAGUGGGAUUCAGGGUAAUGACAGAGAACAGGACAAGGGCGAACUGGGACCUGAAAAGGAAGGCCAGAAUGAGGUGAAGGAGGGAAAGAAGGAUGAGGAUGGCGUCGAGAAAAAGCCGGAGAAUGGGAUCCAAGAGGGAUUAAAAGGUGGUGAGAAACAGCACCAGGCCGGAGUAGAGGAUGAAAAAGAGGAGCAGAAUGGCGUCCAGAAUGGUCAUGCCCAGAAUGGCCAUACUGAGAAUGGACCCGAAGCCGGAGACGGAGUCAAAAAGGAUGACGGCAAGGAGAAGGAGCAGGAUGAGGACGAGCUGUGA